CAGAAGAUGGCGCUCCUUUCUAGCAUUAUCGCUGAUAUCGAUUUUUCGCUUUCAGUUGUCAGAACUCUCUUUCCUAGUGUCAAACCAGCUUCUCUGGAAUUUUUUUCAGUACCAUGAAAAAUGAACAGGAAAAUAAUUAUGUAGUCUCCUAGCUGCUCCCUUUGAAAAUGAACGGGCAGCUCCAGCAGCUUGAAUUUCUCUUCCUCGGCCGCUUCCCCCCGUUAAAGAGGAAGCAUCGUCGAGGGAAAAUGUCUAGUACUUCUUCAGCAGCGAAUACGAAACCGGGUCUGUCUCACCUGCUUCACAGGACGAUAGCAUCUGCUGCAGUCAUCGCAAUUCUAGGUCCACGAGCUGCACUUGGAACAAGCAUUGCAGCAGCAGCAGGUGACACCAGCACGGGUCUUGGCGGCGAGGAUGCCUCCAGCCAAGUUUGGCUGCAGUCCUCGAUCCAGCGACCGAAACGGUCCUCCUGGCACAACUGCAGUCGGGGGCCGAACUGCUUUUUUCGGGAUGUGUGUUUCCCGGUAGAGGAGGUGUGUCAGGACGCUUUUUAUCAUUUCUGCUACGACAUCAUGGAAAACCGAAAGACCUUGUUUGACCAGGAGAUCAAACCAAAUUUAGGUGCAGGCGCGGACGAGAACGCGCUACUGGCCAACAAGCUGAGAAUAAA